CACCUCCACUACUUUAAAAUGGCUGUGGUUGAAGUUACACGGGAUUUUUAGGGUGUUCUUGUGGUUCUAGUGACAGAUGAACAAUAUAUCUACAUUAUUAACAGGCGAAACACUCUUGAGAACCCAGCUAAUCACCUAUAUGGUCUUUGAGAACAGUCGUGGUGAGAGAACAGAGCCUAUAGGAGAAAGUUCAUAUUCCUCCUCAUGCUUGGUGCCGUAACAGUGCAACUGGCAACACUGCGGGAGGCACCAACGUAAACACAGCUUCUCUCUACUCAGGUUCCAUCUAAAAAAACAGUGAACAUGAUUAAUAAGUCAGUGGCAGGAACAUACAAGAUACUAAUGUGAAGCACCAUGGUGACCAGCCUGGCUGUGUACUGAUUAGUGGUACAGUACUGUAUCUCAUUCACCAGAUGGUACCACUUAUUGAGACGCGAGGCAUACUUUGUCCCCUCGCCACCAGAGUGCACUGCUUCGCGCCACCCACGGCCCACUGCACUGUUUACUCAGUGACUCAGUCCCGCGUGUGCACUGUUUAUCGCCGGACGCCUUCAUCAUGCCUAAAGUUGUAGAAAAGAGGAAGCGUGUUGUGCUUACAAUUAAGCAGAAGGUAGACAUUUGUCGACGAUUAGAGAGAGGUGAAAGCAGACAGCAACUAAUGGCGGAAUAUGGUGUGGGCUCAUCAACUAUUUAUGACAUUAAAUCCCAAACGAAAAAGUUACAGGAUUACAUGAAAGCCAUCGACACCCCAAAGGCAGCGGAAAAUCGUCACACACUGCAGUAUCAUCGUGGUGAAAUGAUGGACAAAGUGUUAUACGAGUGGUUCAGCUUGAAAAGAUCAGAAGGAGUCACAAUUACAGGCCCAAUGCUACAAAAGAAAGGGCGUGAUUUAGCUGAGAAGAUGGGCGAGGAAGGCGCAUGCCAGUUCUCUGAUGGCUGGCUCCACAGGUUCAAGGUUCGUCACGCCAUAAGGAAGCUGGACAUCUCGUCAGGCAAGAUGAUGCCACUGAGUCGACUGGUGCAGGACGUUCGGGAGCUGUACCUGGGCAAGACUCAGCCAACAACCCCCUUGACUUGCAAUGCCAUGUCCCCAAGAGUCAUCCUCAUACGGCUCACACAGAAGUACAUAGAGAAGUAUACCAUGUUGGGAUUAGUGAAGAACGAGCCUCUUAGUGAUGAGGAGGAAACAUUGGGUGAUGAAUGGAACAUGAACAUAUUAGAACCAGUAGUGGAAAUAUCUGACAAGCCCAAAGACAACUCCAGGAAAAGAAAAGGGAGGGCAAUGCAAGGAGUAAGCAGAAAGAGAGGCAGACCUCCUAAAGUACGGGAAAGUGAUUUCAUUGACGUUUCCAUAAAGCAGGAGCCAUCUGACCCACUACCAGUGCCAGUGCCAUUAGAGGAUUUGUCUCAUAAUGUUCCAAUGGCCACAAUACCAAUGGAUAAUAGUACUACUCCCACUCUUCCUAUGUACCAGGUGCCAGCAGGAAACUUGGCUGUGUAUGUACCUCAGUCCCAGCCAUUAGUGCUUCAACACACUGUUGCUGUUCAAAACACAAACAACCUGUUGAUAAAUCAACCACAUAAUGUAGACAGUCCCAGUACCUCAGAUAAACCUAAUCAGGAUAUUCACAGUGAAGUGGAUUUGGCAUCAAAUAUCAAACAAGAAGAGCAAAUGGAAAAUGUGUUUGUGGUGCCUUUUGGAAGAUGUCUUGAAAAUGAAAAUAAGUCUUCGUCUGCAAAGCAACCUUCCUCUGAGCCAGAUAUAGUCGAAUGUGAAACACCAGAUGAGUUAGCAAGGAAAAAUCGAACAGCUGCCAUUGCUGCCAGUAUUGGGGGUAUGGGUGGAUCAUCCCACCGGAAACUAAGAGAUUUAACCUUUAAGCUGGUUGAACUUAAUAAUAAAAAUUUGAAGUGUGAUGAUAGGAUUGAGAAGAUUAAAGAUGAAUUUAAAAAGAGGUUACAAGUUGUUGAAAUAGAGAAGAAAGGAAUAGAGCAAGAGAUUGAUAAAGUUCUAGCUUCUAUUCAGGAUUGGAAGGAUGCUAAGAAGCAGUCUUUGUAGAAUUACUGAUAGAUUAUAAAUGAAGGUUUGCAGAUACUUUUUUAUAAGGACUGAAGCUAAUAUUUCAUGAUAAGUUGUGGAUUACACUGACAUUUAUAUCACCAAAAGAUGCACAAGAUCUGGUUUCUUCAUCUUAAUACAUUUUUUAAGAACAUUAUUAGACAGUAUUUGCUUUUAGCUAAAUUAAAGGAUUUGUUGAAAAUCUGUUAAUCGUCAGAUUUUAUAAGAUUGUCAGCAGACCAGAGGACAAAACAUUGACAGAAAAUGGUAAACAAAGUGAAAAUAAGUGCAGCUGCAGCUUACUGAAUUCCUGACCACAUGUGUUCCUCAAAUGCAGUGAUUCUUAACCUGGGUUUGGUGAGUCAGUCUCAGGGGUUUGGCAGAGCUGUGUGCAUAGUUAAUUUUGUGCUUUUAUUUUUCCAACUACAAAGGGUUCGGUGAAUGCACGUAUGGAAUUUGUGGGAUUCGGUACCUCCAACAAGGUUAAGAGCCACUGCUUUAAUGUAUAUUUUCAUUCAGGUAUAUUUUGCAUUAAGUCUGAAGAUGCUGUGUAGUUAACUAAGGAAGCAAGGAAAUUGUUAUACUUUUAAACUAAGAAACUCAUGAAAGAAGACAAGCAAAUUAGAUUGCCUAUUUCCAAAUCUAUGGGAAAAAAAUUUUGUUAUAUAUAUAUAUAUAUAUAUAUAUAUAUAUAUAUAUAUAUAUAUAGAAUGAGGUUUACUAUCCAGACCAGAUCACCUGCCAUAUUUUGUAAGUUGCAGUUUAAGGACUCGGAAGUAAUGAGCAAAGAAAUAGUCUUUAUCAAACUGUAUUUAAAUGUUUAGUUACUUAUAUUGCAUACAGAAAAUCCUUUGCGUGAUAGUUGCAUCUUUAAUUUCAUAUCUCUUGUUUGUUGUAUUGGGUUCAGCUCACUUUUUUCCUUGAAUUGAAAGUAAUGUCAUCUGGUAAUAAAGUACAUGUAAA